AUGGCCUCUCUUGGUAAGGCUCUCCGUUGGAUUAAUGUGUUUUGAAAUUCCAUGCAUAUAUAUGUGACGAACCUCCCAGAUUUUGAUGGAUUUUGACAGCGCCACCUACAGCAUCUGGGAUUCUUGCACCUACACAAUUUACCUUGAAUGGAGGCUAUUGUCUGUUUUGCCUGUGAAUAUUCUUCCACCGCUUAUGCCUUUUAAAACAAGGCUGAUCUGAAUUGCCCAGUCCUUUUUAAAUGUAGGUUUCAGAGUGGUUAGGGAAAUUGAAGUAGCUUGUUGUUGUUGUUGUUGUUGAAAGUUUUCAACAUACAAUAGAAUUAAAAACCAACUGAUCUAUAUAAACAUAGAGAAGAAAAGAACAGUAACAAAGAGAGAAAAACAGAAUAGGGGAAAGAGAAGAAAAAAUAAAAUACAGUGCCCUCUACCAGGGGUAGAUCUUAACCCUCAUCUCACAAAAAAUGGGAUCAAUGCUCCCAGCUCUCACCAGGGAACUUCGCUUUCUUCUCCCAACCUCCUUCCCUGGGAGAUGAUCCCUUCCCUGCCUCUCCCGCAGGGUCCUUCAUCAGUAAUACAGCAGCUUUCUGUGAAUAUCCUCAUCAGACCAGCGUCGAGGACUUGAAAAUACAAAAUAAAACAAGGACAAAAAUAGAACUAACAAAAAAAAAAUGGAGUAAAGCUACAGUAAGUAUCACUGAAAAAGGAAAAUAGAAAUAAAGGAAAUAAAUAGAGAGGACUUCCUAUUCUUCCUCUUCCCAUUAUGUAUACAGUGGUACCUCUGGUUACGUACUUAAUUCAUUCCGGAGGUCCAUUCUUAACCUGAAACUGUUCUUAACCUGAAGCACCACUUUAGCUAAUGGAGCCUCCUGCUGCUGCCGUGCUGCUGCCGCCGCGCAAUUUCUGUUCUCAUCCUGAAGCAAAGUUCUUAACCCGAGGUACUAUUUCUGGGUUAGCGGAGUCUGUAACCUGAAGCGUAUGUAACCCGAGGUACCACUGUAUUCAGAUUGUUCAAAGUAUUCAAAGCAUUCACUCCAGGAUAAUAUCCAGCUGCAUUGCAAGAGAGUGCCCAGCUGUUCCUCAAUCUGCUAGGCGGUGUUUUCUCGAUCAUCAGUCCCAGACACCUCAAAUUCGUUCAUUUUGCUUUCCACGCAAAAAGUCCAGUUGUUAUUAUCACUAGCUAUCAAGAAAAUUCUUCCUCCAGUCCAGUAUAACAAAUGUUUCUUAUCUGGAUGAUAAUAAUAAAUAAUUCUUUACUUAUUAUAUGUUCAUUAAUUUGUACCCAAUCCCUUCUCCUGUUGGCCAUGAUGUCCCACCUUGAUUUAGGAAGAAAAGUCCUUCCAUUUCCACUUCUUUCAUUUAUUUUUUCUUGUUCUUCCAAAUUGCUGCAAAUCAAUUGCAAACCAAUUAAUUCAGUUUCAUAUAAUUUUCCCAAACCGGCUUUCCAUUCCACGUAUAAUAUAUGUCCAAGAUGAACCUCUAUUGCUGUUUAUUGUUCUCAGUUAAUCUCUAGAUAACAUCCUCUAAAGGUAAAGGGACCCCUGACCAUUAGGUCCAGUCGUGGCCAACUCUGGGGUUGCAGCGCUCAUCUCACUUUACUGGCCGAGGGAGCCAGCAUACAGCUUCUGGGUCAUGUGGCCAGCAUGACUAAGCCGCUUCUGGCAAACCAGAGCAGCGCACGGAAACGCCGUUUACCUUCCCGCCGGAGCGGUACCCAUUUAUCUACUUGCACUUGGACGUGCUUUCGAACUGCUAGGUUGGCAGGAGCAGGGACCGAGCAACCGGAGCUCACCCCGUCGCAGGGAUUCGAACCGCCGACCUUCUGAUCGGCAAGCCCUGGGCUGUGUGGUUUAGACCACAGCACCACCCGCGUCCCUAGUAUUAACCAAAAUCAUUAUACAUCAGCUGCUCCUUUACAUCCCUGCAUACGGAAAAAGUGAACCUUAAUAAGACUCACCCUGUAUAUAUAUUCAGUGACAGCUGUUGUGGUUAUUACUCCAUCUUCCCUUUAAACAUUUGCUUGAAUUUUAAUAAGUUCCAUUUUUCAGAGUGCAUUGUUGUCUUCCAACUUGUACCUCCGCAUUUUCCUUGUUCAGAUCCAGUUUUUUGCUGCUUAACUGCAUCUCUUAUGUUCCUGCUCAUGCUGCCCAAGGUCACUUCAGAUAUUCCUCCACAGAGAUAAAUCUGGCUCUCAAACAGGAUAAUUUAUCGAACAGCCCCGCCAUUAGAGUCUCUGUCCCUCUCCAACACACAGCAGGCACAUCCUGUCCAGUACCUCCAGGUCACCUGUUUCGCCUCUAUGCCAAGCUGCAUCACGCUCCUCUCAACCUCUUCAUGGCCUGAGUUCCUUCCAUAGUAACAGAGUAGACUGCAUUCUUGCUAGUCUGAAGAGUCGUAAAAUGCAAUUCCUACGUUUCUCCCUCCAGAAACAGCAAACAAUGCACAGAGAUGAUUGUAAACACAAAUCGAAUGACCAAUCAGUCAGUCCUUAGUCAGAGGAGGGCAGGCAUAGUAAGACUUUUUCAAAUUCCUAGUAAAACAUAAAAACGUCUGCUUUCCUCAGCCAAAAGUCCCACGUUCCCAACACUUGCGUCUUUUCAUUAAUCAGGAGAGGGCAGAGAAAGUACAGGGGGAAAUAGUGUAACAUAAAACAGUCUGCCCCCCUCCUUCUCUAUUCAAGUCUGUUGCAGGUAUCUUCAGAAAUUCCAGUUCUUACACGACAGCUGGUUAAGUCGCAACCUGCGUUGCAUAUCUUGUCCAGAGAAUGCUCUUAGUUUCAUCCAAUUAGCCAGAUUGAAGGAGGAAUCUUUCCACGCUUCAGAAAAAGGCUCUGGAGGCUGGUUCUUUGGCAGAGAACUCACUCCCAGCGUCCCCUUCAUUUCUUCUUCCAUGGAGGCAGUCAUGGGGUCAGCCAACAUCUACAUGCACCUUAGUCUCUGAUUCUUCCCAGAGACGUCUGGGAGAGGACAUGCUUCAUUCUCUCCCUCCCUCUGCCUGAACUUAUUCACAAUCCCCAGAGGGGUUCUAAAGAACUGCCACCCUUGAAUGUGGGUGUUGACCAGAAGCCUAAAAGUCCUUCCAUUCCAAUUCUUCCAUUUUUUCCCCUCCAGACAAGUUACCAGCUGCUUGGUGGCUUUUCCCCCUGAGUUUACUUCAGUUUGAACAAAAGAUCAUGUCUCUCCGAGCUCUUUCUCUGCCAUCACAGAAUGUUUCUUAGUGUUUCUGUCCAUGGCUCCAUUCCUUUGCUCCAGAAUAACGGUUAAGAUACAACCUUGAUAGAGGGCUUCUUUCUUUUUCUCCUCUUCUUCUGUUAUUUGUUUGUUUCUUUUUCCAUUUAUUCUCUCUGUUUUAUUUUUAUUUAGUUUGGCUUUCAUUGUAUUUAAUGUUGAAAAUCCCUGAAAAGAAACUUCUUAUCUCAGUGUGAAAAGUGGCUCCUUCAGAGCAUGUUAGGUUCAUCCCAAUUCAUCUCCCAAUCUUCAAAGGGAGAGCGUGGUACUGGUAUCUUUGCCCUGGCUGUCAUAAAUCAUCACAUAAUCUCUACUGCAGGGUGUCGACAGCCCAGAACUAGCCAGCCUCCCCCACACUGGAGUCACCGCUUCUGUCAAAGACAACUGAUAUUACAGAUGGAACAGAUUCCAUGAUUGGGCCAAACAAAAUCCAUCCCAAAAUCCAUCCCAGAAGAGAGCCAGGGUUUUGGGAUCUCAGGUUCCCAUAAAGAGGUCUCUGAAUGCCACUCAACAAAGGCAGUGAACCCUAAAGUAAGUCCUCCCAUCUCACUCCCUUCAGUUAUUCCUCUCUCACAAGCAUUAAUGAGCAAUGUUCAAUAAUAGCGGGCUCCAUUUCUUGCUGAGCCUCUAAUUCAUCUCUCUCUUUGUUGCAGGGGAUGAUGAAUUGGAAAUGGAGGACAAGGGAGACCAUGACGAAAUCCACACAGAGGACAAACCAAGUAAAUAUUUGGAAUGUGGAAAGAGCUUCAAUCAAAGCUCCCAUUCAACUUCCCCUCGAAGAAAUCCCAUUGGGAAGAAAGCUUAUCGGUGCUUGGAGUGUGGAAAGAGCUUCUGUCGGAGGGGUCAUCUCAUUAUUCAUGAAAGAAUUCAUACUGGGGAGAAACCAUAUCAGUGUGAGGAAUGUCAAAAGUGCUUCAGUCACAGGUCCAGCCUCACUACCCAUCAAAGGCUUCAUACAGGGGAGAAGCCUUAUCAGUGCUUGGAAUGUGGAAAGAGCUUCAGUCAAAAGUUCCAGCUCAUUUCCCAUCAACGAAUUCAUACACGGGAGAAACCUUUCCAAUGCCUGGAAUGUGGAAAGAGCUUCAGUCACAGGUCCAGCCUCGUUUUCCAUCAAAGAAUGCAUACAGGGGAGAAACCUUUUCGAUACUUGGAUUGUGGAAAGAGCUUCAAUCAAAGCUCCCAUUCAACUUCCCAUCAAAGAAAUCCCAUUUUGAAGAAACCCUACCAGUGCUUGGAAUGUGGAAAGAGCUUCACUCGGAGCGGUCAUCUCAUUAUCCACGAAAGAACUCAUACAGGGGAGAAACCAUAUCAGUGUGAGGAAUGUCAAAAGUGCUUCAGUCACAGGUGCAGCUUCAUUUCACAUCAAAGAAUUCAUACAGGGGAAAAACCUUAUCGGUGCUCGGAAUGUGGAAAGAGCUUCAGUCGGAGUGACCUACUCACGGUCCAUCAAAGAAUUCAUACAGGCGAAAAACCUUUUCAGUGCUCGGAAUGUGGAAAGAGUUUCAAUCAGAGUGCAACCCUUGCUGCCCAUCAGAGAAUUCAUAAAAAACCUUAUCAGUGCUCAGAAUGUGGAAAAAGCUUCAAUGAGAGCACUAAGCUCACUUCCCAUCAGAUUAUUCAUAGAGGGGAGAGACCAUUUCAGUGCUUGGAAUGUGGAAAGAGAUUCACACAGAAGGCAGGUCUCACUUCCCAUCAAAGAACUCACUCCUGGGAGAGCCCAUAUAAAUGCUUGGAAUGUGGAAGGAGUUUUAGUCAGGACUCCCAUCUCAUUUCCCACCAAAUAAUUCAUACAAUGGAGAGACCAUAUAAAUGCUUGGAAUGCGGAGAGAGUUUUAGUCAGGAGUCCUUUCUCACUUCCCAUCAAAGAACUCACAGCAGGGAGAAUCAGAUUCCCCUUGAAUCAUUGAAUUGUUGCAUUGGAUUGGAUGGUGAGAGUCGUCUUCUCCAAGCCCCUGCAAUGAAGGAUAUUCAACAAAAGAAUUCAUGA